UCUCUGUCUCAUUAUAUUUACUUCAAAGCGUUCCCAUUCUCAUUCUCACCAAUAAAGCCUUCUUUGCACACCCCAACGAAUAUAAAUAAAAAAUAAAUAAAGAAAAAAACCCAAUCACCAAUGGAGCUCCAGUGGUGGUUUAUCAUUGUUCUUCACCAACUCCAAUGGUUUUGGGGUUCCAUUUCGGCCAUGCCACCACAACCUCCUGUUCUCUGCAACCAAACCAGUUGUAUCCUUUACAACUCCUAUGGCGCCUGGGGAGACAGAAAACUCUGCCAUGUCCCAAAUGUCACAUACCCAACAACCGAAGAAGAGCUCCGAUCAGCUGUGGCCUACGCAAACCGAAACAAUCUCAAGCUCAAAGUUGCCACAAAAUUCUCACACACCAUACCAAAACAGGCCUGCCCUGCGGCUGCGGGUUCAGGAAAUGCCAUGCUGAUCAGCACAGCAAAAUACGAUUCUGGGAUCGAAAUCGAUGCUGCGAAUUCGGCUGUCGUCGUUGAUUCUGGUGUAGGACUUCGACAGAUGAUUGAUAAAGUGGAAGAGGCUGGUUUCAGUUUGGUGGCUGCUCCAUAUUGGGAAGGUGUGAGUGUUGGAGGACUAAUUAGUACUGGUGCUCAUGGAAGCUCAUUGUGGGGAAAAGGAGGUGCUGUUCAUGACCAUGUUAUUGGACUUAGUCUUGUAAUUCCAGCAAAAAAAUCAGAAGGGUAUGCUAAAAUCAUCAGAUUAGAAGAAAAAGAUCCACUUCUUAAUGCAGCCAAAGUUUCAUUGGGUUUGUUAGGAGUUAUCUCUAAGAUAAAGUUUUCACUGGAGCCAGGAUUUAAGCGAAGCAUAACAUAUAAUUUCACAGAUGAUUCCAAAGUUGAAGAUAUAUUCUUGGAGCAUGCCAAGAAAUAUGAAUUUGCAGAUAUAACUUGGUAUCCCUCCAAACACACAGCAGUUUACAGAUACGAUAGUAGAGUUCCUUUAGAUGCCAAUGGUGAUGGCAUUUUUGAUUUCCUUGGUUUCCAACCCAAUUCUGUUCUGAUUUCCCAAUCAAUUAGAUCAUCAGAGAAAACCAUGGAAAAGCUGAGAAACUCGAAAGGAAAAUGCACACUUGCAGCUACGACAGUGGGAUUUAAGAAACUGGUGGCUAAUGGAUUGAAGAACAAUGGACUAAUCUUCACAGGCUACCCAGUAGUGGGUCGUCAGGGCAAAAUGCAGACCUCUGGUUCUUGUUUUUAUACAGGUGGAAUUGACACUUCGUGUGCUUGGGAUCCAAGAAUCAAUGGGCUUUUCUUUUAUGAAAGCACAGCCAUUUUCCCUGUAACCAAGUUCGGAGACUUUAUCAGGGAUGUGAAAUUGCUAAGGGAUAUAAACCCAGAUAAUUUCUGUGGGGUUGAUAACUACAAUGGAUUUCUAAUACGUUUUUUGAAAUCUUCAAAAGCAUAUCUAGGCCAAUCAGAGGACUCAGUGGUGGUGGAUUUCAACUACUACCGAGCCGAUGAAGCUUCAAUUCCGAGACUGAAUCAGGAUGUUUGGGAAGAAGUUGAGCAAAUGGCAUUCUUUAAACAUGGGGCUAAGCCACAUUGGGCUAAGAAUAGGAACUUGGCAUUCUUUGGCGUGCAAGAAAAGUAUGCCAAUUCUGUCAAAUUUAUUGCUGCUAAGAAACAGUUGGACCCACAGAACAUGUUUUCGAGUGAAUGGUCUGAUGAGAUAGUGUUUGGAAAGGAAUUAGCCACUAAAGCUGAUGGGUGUGCUUUGGAAGGACAAUGUAUAUGCUCAGAAGACCGCCAUUGCAGUCCAACCAAAGGGUAUUUCUGCAAACAAGGUCUUGUUUAUAAGGAAGCUAGAGUUUGUAGGUAUUCACCACCCUCUGUCGCAUCAGGAAUCUGACGUAUAUUUCCUCGUUUAGUUUUCAGCUUGGUUUUUUUUUUUUUUUUUUUUGUUGUUGUUGUUGUUGUUGUUGUUGUAUUCGGCUCCAUUAGUUCUCUCAACGCCAAAACCCAUCAAAGAAGUGUAAAAGAUUAAAUCAUUCAUAAAACAAAAAAGUGUAAAAGAUUAAAAACACAA